CGGAAACCGAAAAAAUGAAAAUGUCGCCACAGUUUGAAUAAAAUCCUCGUCGACGAAAGUUCACUCUGUAAUAAUUACCGAAAAGCGAAAAUUCGAAAGUUUAUACGAACUUUGAUAAUCCCGACUGUUUGUGAUUUGAAAUCUAUUUUCAACUCAUGAAGAUGUCCGUGAUAAACAGCAACCACGUUAAUGCUUGCACAUUACCGGAAACUGAAAAGUUUUGUCCUGUAGUCCACAAUUCGUCAGAGGUGCUGCAGAAGAAACCCAUUCGUUUGAAAAACAUAGUAUCCCGAGCCGAAGCGUUCGAUUCCUUGCAUCUCAAAACGAAAGAGAAUAUACCGUGCGCAUCUCCGGUAUGUUUAGGAAGUGUUAUGGCCCCAUCAACCAGGAACGACAUUCGAACAUCUCAAGAUGUAAUCAAGCAAGCAAAAGAUUUUUUAGAUCAAUAUUUUACUUCAAUUAGAAGAUCUGACAGUCCCGCUCAUUUGGUGAGGUGGGAACAAGUACAGAAGGAGAUCGCUACGACGGGCACUUAUCAGCUCACGGAGACCGAGCUCGUCUACGGAGCCAAAUUGGCCUGGAGGAACGCCGUGAGGUGCAUCGGACGGAUACAAUGGUCGAAAUUACAAGUUUUCGACUGCAGAUCCGUGACCACGACCAGUGGAAUGUUCGAAGCCUUGUGCAAUCACAUAAAAUACAGCACCAACAAAGGGAAUAUAAGAUCGGCGAUCACGAUUUUUCCUCAAAGGACCGACGGGAAACACGACUAUAGAGUUUGGAAUCCGCAGCUGAUUGGCUACGCUGGAUACCGACAGCCGGACGGCUCCGUCGUCGGCGAUCCCAUUAACGUCGAGUUUACGGACUUGUGCUUGAAGCUGGGCUGGAAAGGGCAAGGCGGCCGAUUUGAUAUAUUACCGCUCGUACUUUCCGCCAACGGUCACGAUCCCGACUAUUUCGACAUACCCAAGGAGUACGUACUCGAGGUUCCGUUCAGCCAUCCGGAGUACGAUUGGUUCGAAGGGCUUGGUUUGAAAUGGUACGCUGUUCCGGCUGUGUCUGGUAUGAUGUUUGAUUGUGGCGGUCUUCAAUUCACCGCUGCGCCUUUCAAUGGUUGGUAUCUCAGCACAGAGAUUGGCUGCAGGGACUUGUGCGAUUCGCACAGAUAUAAUAUGUUAGAGAUUAUCGCUACUCACAUGGGAUUGGACACCAGAACUCCAGUUACUCUAUGGAAAGACAAAGCCUUAGUAGAAACAAAUCUGGCGGUUAUUUACAGUUUCCAGCAGAAGGAAGUUACCAUUGUGGAUCAUCACACGGCUUCCGAAUCGUUCAUGAAGCAUUUGGAAAAUGAAAAUCGAUUGCGUAACGGUUGCCCGGCCGAUUGGGUGUGGAUAGUACCUCCUCUAUCCGGCUCCAUUACUCCAGUAUUCCAUCAAGAAAUGGCUUUGUACUAUUUGAAACCGUCUUAUGAAUACCAAGAACCUGCUUGGAAAACGCACGUGUGGCAGAAGGGCAGGGAUUCCGGCAAAAGCAAAAAACCGCGAAGAAAAUUCCACUUCAAUCAAAUCGCUCGUGCCGUCAAGUUUACGUCGAAACUAUUCGGGAAAGCGUUGUCGCGUCGCAUCAAGGCCACCGUUCUGUACGCCACAGAAACCGGAAAAUCCGAAAGUUAUGCCAAAAAGUUGUGCGAACUAUUCGGACACGCGUUCAACGCCCAAGUGUACUGCAUGUCCGAUUACGACAUUUCCAGCAUUGAGCACGAGGCGCUCCUGCUGGUCGUCACGUCCACGUUCGGUAACGGCGACCCGCCCGAAAACGGAGAGGAUUUUGCUAAAAAUUUAUACACGAUGAAAAUGACGGAGAAUGGUAUAUCAAACGGCGAUCCUGAUAACAUAAGUAUGGCGACAUCGAAAUCCUUCAUAAAAGUCAACAGUCAAAGCGAUUUACCGGCAAAAAGCAAAAAAUUAGAUAGAUUAAAUUCUUUAAGGGGAUCUCUUCUCAGUGAACCACUUUUAGAUGAUAGUUUUGGACCUUUAAGUAACGUUAGAUUCGCCGUUUUCGCAUUGGGAUCAAGUGCCUAUCCGAACUUUUGCGCUUUCGGAAAAUACGUGGAUAAUUUAUUAGGCGAAUUGGGCGGAGAACGCCUUAUGAAACUGAGCACGGGCGACGAAAUGUGCGGGCAAGAACAGGCUUUCAAAAAAUGGGCGUCACAAGCCUUUAAGGUGGCUUGCGAUACAUUCUGCCUCGACGACGAUGGAACAAUUUCGGAGGCUACCAUGACGCUACAAAGCGAAUCCCUGACAGCAAACAACGUCAGACUAAUCAAUUCCAAAGAGAUCUCGUUAGUUUCAGGUUUAGCUAAAUGCCAUAAUAAAAAAGUAACGGCUUCUCAACUUUUCCGAAGGACGAAUCUUCAUGGAGACAAAUCUUCGAAAGCUACAUUGUUGCUGGAAUUUAAGAGCAACCUGCCCUACAAGCCGGGCGAUCAUUUGGGCGUAUUCGCUUGUAAUAGACAAGAAUUAGUAGACGGAGUUAUUAGCAGAUUGAAAGGCACGAACGAUCCAGAUGAACCCCAAGAAAUGCAGAUAUUACAAGAAACUCACACUUCGAACGGUGUGUUGAAAUCGUGGAAACCUCACGAACGUUUACCAGCUUGCUCGCUCAGGCAACUAUUUAGUUAUUAUUUGGACAUAACGACUCCGCCUAGUCCGAAUUUGCUGCAGCAUUUCGCUUCGAUUGCCACCGACGCGGAGGAAAAGAAGAAACUAAACUUACUGGCCAGCGAUUCGGCGGCUUACGAGGAUUGGCGUCAUUGGAGCCUGCCAAAUCUGUUAGAAGUUUUAGAUGAAUUUCCUUCAGUCGAGCCGUACGCACCACUUCUUAUAGCGCAAUUGAGCAUUUUGCAGCCUAGGUUCUAUUCGAUAUCAUCGAGCCCUAUACUGCACCCUAAGGAAGUACAUUUGACAGUAGCCGUAGUUGUUUAUAAAACGAAAGAUGGGGAAGGAGAAGUUCACUACGGUGUGUGCUCUAAUUACUUGCAAGAUGUUCCUAUAGAUUCAGAGGUUCUAAUGUUUGUUAGAAGUGCUCCCGGAUUCUAUCUACCUAAUGAUAGUAAUAUUCCGGUUAUUCUUGUCGGUCCCGGAACAGGAAUUGCUCCGUUUCGAGCGUUUUGGCAACAUCGAUUUGCUCUAUCAGUUAAAAAUAAACAAAACUUCGGCAAAAUGUGGUUAUUCUUCGGCUGCAGAACUAGAGACGUCGAUUUGUACAACGAAGAAAAAGGCGAAAUGCGGAAGAAAGGAAUAUUGGAUAGAGUGUUUCUAGCUCUAUCCAGAGAACGUAAUAUACCUAAAACAUACGUUCAAACGUUAGCUUUACAAGAAGGUUCGGAAAUAUACAGGCUACUCGUGCAAGAAAAAGGACACUUUUACGUUUGCGGCGAUUGCACAAUGGCAGAACACGUCCAUCAAACGUUGCAGAACAUCAUUAAAAAGCACGGAGGCAUGACCGAUAGUGAAGUGCAGUCUUUCAUGCUGUCAUUACGAGACGAAAAUAGAUACCACGAGGAUAUUUUCGGUAUAACAUUAAGGACUGCGGAAGUGCACAAUAGGUCGAGGGAGUCGGCGAGGAUACGGAUGGCUUCAGAACCUUAACAGUAUUAGCUUAAUAAUUCGGCUUAAGAUUCCUCUAUAUACACAACUAAAAGGAGUUACUGAAGGUAUUUUAAUUCUAAUAAUUCGAAUUGACUAAUUAUACAUAUAUCGAGGUGGAGCACUAAACGUAAAAUAUCAAGAGUUGCACUUAAAAUUUUAAAUAAUUAUUCUAUAAUUGUAAUUUUAACGAAAUUCAACAUUUAACUUAAUGCAUAAUUAUAUAAUUAACAUGUUAAUCAACGAAUGUAUCUAUUUUUUCUUCGAACAAAAA